CUAGCGACUGGCGCGCGCGCGCCGCUCGCGGCAAUAUCAAACGCGUGAGAUGUUUGUGUGUGUUUACGUCGAACUAGCGGCGGAGCGCGCGAUUCACUCGCGACGUCAGGUAAGUUCAACCAGUAUGAACUUGUCGCUAGAAACGGUAGCACGUCUCCAUCAUGUCUUUCAAUACAGAAGAGUUUAUUAGUGCUGUUCAGGCUAGAACUCCGAUUUGGCAAAGCAAACACAGGCAUCAUAUGAACAGAAAUAUUCUCAAUAAGCUAUGGAAGGAAAUUGCGGAAUUGUUUCCUGAAAUGGAGGAAAAGGCUUUAAGAAAAAAAUGGAAGAAUAUUCGGGACCAAUUUAUGAAAGAGUUUAAAAAAAAUCCGGUUUCUCGUUCUGGAGAUGCUGGAACUGAUCAAAACACUUCAAUGUGGCCAUAUUUUCAAAUGAUGCAGUUUAUAAAAGAUGACGUUACCCCAGAAUUAAAUGAAGGCAAUUUAGAUGAAACUGCUGAUGGAAACUGUAGUGAUAAUAAUGAACGGUCCCCAACUCCCCAGUCAAUAGCUGGUUCAUCUACAAGUACACAAUAUACGAGCACCAAACGUAAAUGUGCACAAGAUGUAAGACAGGAAUUCAUGGAAUUAGAGAAGAAAAAGUUGGAAUUAUUACAAAUUAAACUGUCGCAAAGCAGCGAAAGGCAAGAACAAGAUUGCGAAGACCUGUUAUUUUUUAAAAGUCUGUUGCCGUACAUGAAGGAGUUUACUCCUAUGCAAAAAUUACGUACGAGAAACAAAAUUACAGAAGUUGUUAUGAAUGAAAUGAAUAGUUUCACGUCCCAGGCUUACCAUAGUUACAAUAGUUACGAAUAUAACACAUCAAAUUAUGGAAAUUAAACUUUAAAUAUAAUUAA